CCAUGCCAAAUCCGAGGCCAAGCAAGCACGAAAGGCCAAUGUCGGUCGUGCCGCCAAAUGGAAUGACGAACGCAAAGCAGCCGACAAACUAAAGAAGAUAGCCAACCGUCCUCACAAGCAGGAGAAGAGACAUAGACGCUUGCGCCAGCGUGCUGAUAAGUUAGAGGCCCAGGCUAUCAAGAUGAUGGUUGAGGCGCAAAAGGCUAGAGCUCGUGCCGACUACCUGGACGAGCUGAAACAGAGGAAGCCGAGAAGAACAAGCUGUCUCUUGAGGUUGCGCAGAUGGCAGCGGACCCUAAGAACGAUAACUAUAUCGCUCUUGACGACACUACUCCUGCCGCUGCACCUACUUCGACUAAACCUGCAGAUAGUGACACCAGCUCCAGCGAUAGUGAUAGUGACACCUCCAGUUCCAGUUCCACUAGCUCCAGCUCCAGCGACUCGGCCCCUGAGCCGCCGAAGAAGGCAAAGAAACACAAGAAGAUUGAAAUGGAGGUGGAAGACCUUGAAAGUUCAGAUGCUGAGGUCAAGAAGGCAAAGAAGCACAAGAAGAUUGAGGUGAAGGUGGAAGACCUUGAAAGUUCAGAUGCUGAGGUCAAGAAGGAAAAGAAGCACAAGAAAAAUAAGAAGUCUGAGAAGCGCAAGCGCAGUGAAGAGGAGGACUCGCAUGCAGCCGCGAAUAGCAUAACGGAUGCCGAUUCUGAGGCACCCAAGGAUAAGAAGAAAAGGAAGCUAGAGGAAGUAAACCAGGUCGAAGCACCGAAGGAGAAGAAAGAGAAGAAGAAAAAGAGAAAGGAGAAGACCGAAGCUGAGGAGCAGGUACCCUCUAACGCAAAUGGAGACGGCACGAAUACCAAUGGCGGCGGGCCAUGGAACGUCCAAGCUCUAGAGGGCGAUGAGAAGAGAAAGGAGAAGUUUCUGAGGCUCCUCGGAGCUAAGAAGUCUAAUGCAGUGGCGGCUACAAGUGGCUCUACGACAUCAAGCACCAACAUCGUUAAAGUUCAGCAGGACUUGGAACGCCAAUUCGACAUGGGGAUGAAGAUAAAGCACGGAGGUAUUGGUCAGAGGAGAGGCCUUGGGGCAUGAUGACUUAUGUGUGUAUUCUCAAAAAUGAAAAAUGGCGUUUUUAAAAGGGCAGGGGAUUAAUUAUACCAUCUGAUAUUUGCUUGCUCUUAUUGGCAGGAUGAUCAC